AAAGUUUGGCUAGCACGAAAAAUCGACUCAAACUGGCCGAGUUCCGAGUCACGCCAGUAGGAAUUUCCCUGCCGAAUCGACACGACAGCCACUGUCCACCUAACGGAGUUUAAGUUUACAGUUAGCCAAUAGAAGUAAAGGUGUGCGCCGCCGCGCCACGCCACUGCCGCCGCCGUUUUUACUUCACGUCGUUGCCGACGAUUACUCAAAAAUGGUCACGCCGUCUAUCCAAAACUAUCAUGCCGUUUAGUUUUUCGAUGAAGGAACUAGGUGGGCUGUUUGUUUGCACCCUGCUUGUGGCUUGCGCAUUUACAGCACCGAGUCCAUGUGAAAAUCUUGAGGACGUGCGAGUCUGCAACGAUACACAGUACGAAACGUAUCGGGAGUGCGUGGAAGAAGUCAGAUCCCUGAAACAAAAACGACAAAUAAUUUGUCCCCAACUGUAUUCCACAGUUCUACCGAUUGAAACAGAAACCAGUGGUUUGCAACAAAACGAACCAGACUUAUCGAACGAUAUACCGGUCGAUAUAAUAGAACCUUCCAUUCAGAUAAUUCCUGCGUUGCAAAGUGUAGUGACCGUGAAACCGGUCGAGUCCAAUCUUCUGCCAAACUCCAAGCCGAUGCUUAAGUCUCUAGACCGGAAAGUGAUAGUGCAAACAGAUGAGGAAGAUUACGAAUAUCAAGUGCCUACCAAUGUGACGACCGUCAUUCGUCUCACGAAUGUAGUGAACAAUACUAAUUUAAUUAAUGUACCCGUGAAUGUGAACAACACAAACGUGAAUAAUAUCCACGUGUAUGCCAACAUUACAGAAAGUUUAGACGAGUCAAUGCGAGAUGGCGAACCGAAAUGCUGUACAGCUGUUCAGCCAAAGUCAUGUCAUAUGUCUACGAAAGGCUACAAGUGCAAACACAAAAAGUUCAAAACCUGCGGUUCUCAGUGCACCUCAGAUAUAGUACAUGUACAGCGUCGAAAACGCUGUGAUAGUCAAGGUAACUGCAAACAUAAAAUAGCUUACGUACCGCAACCGGAAAAGCCAACAUGCAUAUAUAUCGAACAGUGGCCUUUCGUUGUUUGUGGGAAGCCAGCCAAUAUGCAAGUGGUCUGUGAUGGAUGUUACGACCACUACGGCCGUGGAAUGGAGGGCCUUCACGGGCAACUUCCUAACCAGUGUCGUGGAUGCUACGAUGAUGCUUUCGAUCAAGGUCCCUUGUAUCGUCGAGGACCAGUAUUGAGACCAUUUUAUUAUCAUGAACCACCAUGCUACAUUACCGGAACAUGUCCCAUGAACUAUGGAGACUGCGGCUAUGGCUGCUAUGGACAUGAACUGGUUGACCCUGCAUGGGGCGCACCAUCCCCUUAUGAUCCAAGGAUGGAUGAAACAAAUAUGGCUUAUUUGGAUCAAGAUUUGGAAAUCUCCAACGAUACCGAGAAUGACUGGGGAGUUCCGGUACACAAAUGCACCGUUGUAUCUGAUGACAACACGAUUUCGGUGCAGAAUUGUACUAGCACGGUUGAUAAUCAAUAUGCCGCGGCACCUUCUAAUUAUCCUUAUUAUAAACCGCUACGAGAGGUGCAGAAACCGUACACGGUGAAGCAAUCAAAGCAAAGGCAACAGAUGAUCGAAGAAAUUGAAGAAAUAGAUCCAUCGUCUGGGGAUGGAAUCGUCGUACAAAACUCCCAAGUUUCAUUCGUAGACGAUGACGAUAGUUAUUACAAUGAUUACAGCCAGUAGAACGCAAAAUUAUGCCAUUUAUUUUAAAACUAGAUUAGGAAAUGAAAAUGUCUACCUCGUAGUGAAUAAUCGAUCAGAGACAGUAACAAAUCUCGUGUCAAACGCCUGCGGAUUAAUAGAAAAAUAAAAUUUCGAAAACAUGCUUUUGAAAAA